AAGACCUGGGCGGUGACCGAGGCGCUCUCCCACUACCCCGUGGGGGACGCCUGGAAGGUCCAGAUUGACGAGAUCCAGCGGGCGAUCAAUGACAUCCGAACGGACACCAACGAGCUCACGGCCAGGACGGAGGACCCCCUGCGGACGUUCGCCAGAGCCGUGCGGGGGGGCCCUUCGCCCUGCCACUAUCAGUCGAACCACAACUCCGCGAGCAGCGCCCCGGCGUGUCCGGCCGAUCUCGACCGCGACCGCGCCCUCACCGUGAAGGUAGGUGAUCCCGCCAUGGCCCGGAACCUGCGCCGGCUCACGAACGAGGACCUAGUCAAGCGCGCUGAGGAACACCGCUGGCUGGCGGCUAUCACGGCCGUCCGACCGACCCUGACCUCUAUCCAGUUCGUCGCGGCGAAAAUUCUGUGGUCAGGUGACCUGCGGCUCUUCCUCCGCAACGCCAAGGAAGCGGAGAUCGCGCGGACACACCGGGACGCCUGGAUUAAGGGAUUCGGCACCGCCGCACGGGUCGCCCUCCCCUCGUGGGGGGUGGUCGCCGCCGACAUGCCCAGCCAGGCCCUGGGCCCGUUGACCGAGGAAGCGGACCGCAAGCGGAUCGCGCAAGAACUCGUGGCCAAUAACUGUCACACGUGGGGUGAGUCCUGCGAGAUCACGUACGUGGGCUGGCUCGUUCGCCCCUCUCCGGGUAAGAAACGGUCCUGGAUCGUCAUUGAAUUUACCACGCCGUACCACGCGAACCGUGCCAUCAAGGCCGGGACCAUCUGGGACUUCCAGGUCUCGGAGACCGUCCUGUACGACCGGGCGUCUCGCAUUGAAACAUCUGUCCGAACGAAACCGUCUGUGGCGCGUGCUCCGGCAAGCACUCGACUACUGCUUGCCGCGACCGUGACACCCCCAGGCUUGUGCCGAAAUGCGCCAACUGCGGUGGCGAUCACAUGGCCUGGCACAAGAAGUGAGGUAUAUAUCCAGGAGCAGGAGAAGGCUCGGGGGCGCGCGCUGCACCGGCCGCGCUUCCACCAUACACCUGCCUACCUGCAGGACCCGGACGUGGGUAGCGCCACGGGGUCAGCCGCACACCACAUAGGCCCCAGCAGCGGGGAGCCAACGGAGACAGAGAGUGAGGACGCUGGGGGGUCGUCCGAGGGUGCCAGAGCCGCCCCGGGGACAGAAGAGGGAUCUGGGGAUCUGUCGGCGGCUGCCAGAGACGCAUCGGACGACUCCGCUAUAGAGGGACUGAGGUUCACCGGGAACACCCCUCCGCAGGGCGAACUAUCUAUUAACACCCUAUCGACCUUGACUAGUAUACCGACUAUACCUCCCACUUUAUCAACCACCGGCGUCAGCCAAGAUGCGCCAUCCUCCGGCACCAAGGGGACUAGACGCAGCGCUAGACUUGUCCAGUAA